CGGCCUUCAUCUCGCGCUGCGCAGAAGUGGCGUGAACGCGAGGGUUCUUCGCUCAUUUGACUGGGACCAGUCCGCAUGCCAGGUAUACGCUCUGAAUUAUGGAACGACAAUGGCCCUCAAAACGGACAUCAGUACGCUUACCGCUGAUGAUCUGCGAAACAUCGAUGGUCAAAGAAUACACCUUUGGUUAUUGUCGCCUGCGUGCCAGCCAUACACUGUCCUGAAUCCAUCUGCUAAAGGAGCCCAGGAUCCUCGUGCUCAGAGCUUUCUGCACCUCGUCACCCGAGUCCUCCCACAACUUGCGGAACGAAACGACCACCCGAGGUGUUUACUUGUGGAAAAUGUGGCAGGGUUUGAGAGCUCUAGCACUCGUACGACACUCGUCGACACCCUGCGAAACCUCGGAUACGAAACCAGGGAGCUGCUUCUCACGCCGUUACAAUUUGGUGUACCCAAUUCUCGGUUGAGAUACUACUUGCUAGCGAAACUACGAACUACCUCCCCUCCUCCUCAAAUUACGGAUCAUUCUGCCGUUCUACGCCACAUUCCCGGAUUAGGAGAGGACUGGGUGGACCCUCGUUCGAUCGAUCAGAACAACGGACCACUCGGAGAAGCACAACCUGCAGAAGGGUCUAAAGUCCAUGCUUUGUGUCGAUAUCUGAACACAGACGGGAUGGAAGCGUGUACAAUCCCUGAUCGCGUUCUCCAAAAGUGGGGCCGCCUAUUCGACAUCGUAUUGCCUUCGUCCACUCGGAGUUGCUGCUUUACUAGAGGUUAUACUCAGCUGGUAGAAAGCGCGGGAUCUAUACUCCAGAUGAACGAGACUCUCGACACUACUGCAAUAUUCGAUGAAUUUUUAUCUGCGCAAGAGAAUGGCGAUCCGGAUGCCGUUCGCAUCCUCAAUUCUCUACGAUUACGCUACUUUCAUCCAGACGAACUCUUACGUCUCUUCGGAUUCCGGAGACCUGUCCCGAUGAUGGAAGGCGAGAAGAACAAUGGCUCAGCCGGCGUCGAGGAUGCAGAAGAUUUUCGAUGGCCGGUUGACCUAUCGAUGAAGACCAAAUACCGACUUAUAGGCAAUAGCAUAAACAUCGUAGUCGUUUCAGAGCUUAUUAGAUACCUGUUCAGUGAUUGGUAUCCGAAAGCCUGA